AUGCCUAGUCAAUCUGAAGUUGAAUCCUUGAAAGCAAAAUAUGCUGCCGCUGGUCAAGAACAUCUUUUUUCCUUUUAUGAGGAACUAGAACCUCAACAACAAGAAUCUCUUUUCAGUCAACUUGCAAAAGUUGAUAUUGAACGCGUCAACCGCAUCUUCAAAAAAGCAACUUCUAGUUUAGAGAUUGCUUCAUCCACUCAACAAAAUAGUUUAGAACCUUUACCUGAUGAUGUAUUUGAUUCAAUAUUAGAAGCAGAAGAAACAAAAAUUAAAGAAUGGGAAAAUACGGGUUUAAAUGCAAUAUCACAAAAUAAAGUUGGAGUCAUUUUAAUGGCUGGUGGUCAAGGAACUAGAUUAGGCUCUUCUGCACCUAAAGGUUGUUACGAUAUCGGUCUUCCUUCUAGAAAAACACUUUUUCAACUUCAAGCAGAACGUAUCUUGAAGUUACAAAAGAUUGCCCAAACUUAUGCAAACUGUAAGAAUGAUGUUAUUAUUCCAUGGUAUGUUAUGACCAGUGGUACAUUACCUGCGCUAACCGAUGAUGGUAAGGUAUUUUUGGAAUCAAAAUCCAAGCUUGCCGUUGCUCCUGAUGGUAACGGAGGAAUUUAUGCCGCCCUUAGAAACGAAAAAGUAUUGGAAUCUCUUAAAUCAAGAAAAAUUAAUUUUGUUCACGCAUAUUGUGUGGAUAACUGCUUAGUUCGCGUCGCGGAUCCCGUUUUUAUUGGGUAUUGCAUUUACAAAAAUGCCGAUUGUGGUGCGAAGGUAGUUCGUAAAUCUUCACCUGAAGAACCUGUUGGAAUUAUUGCACUUCGUAAUAAUAGAUUGAACGUGGUAGAAUAUAGUGAAAUUGAAUCUUCGAUUACAGAAAAAAAGAAACCCAAUGGACAACUCUUGUUUGGAGCCGCAAACAUUGCAAAUCAUUUUUAUACGGUUGAUUUUCUAAACCGAGUAGAAUCAUUUGAAAAUGAAUUAGAAUAUCAUAUCGCAAGAAAAAAGAUUAAACAUGUUGAUAUCAAAACAGGAGAAUUAAUUACACCACUUAAACCCAACGGUAUGAAACUUGAACUUUUUGUUUUUGAUGUUUUCCCAUUCACCGAACGAAUGGCAGUAUUUGAAGCUGAUAGAAAAGAGGAAUUUUCACCCCUUAAGAAUGCACCAGGUACAGGUACUGAUGAUCCAGGUACCAGUAAAAAAGAUAUUAUAAAUCAACAUAUUAGAUUUGUUGAAAAUGCAGGUGGAAAAGUUUUACCAGGAGAAAAUGAAACCAAUUCUGAAAUACUUAAUUUUGAAAUAUCUCCUUUGACCACCAUUAUUGCGGUGGAAUUCAAAGAUGGAAUUGUCAUGGGAGCGGACACACGCGCCACGGUAGGAUCCUUCAUCUCUACUCGAAACGCCAAUAAAAUACAUACCCUUCAUGAAAAGAUACAAUGUUGUCGGUCUGGUAGUUCAGCAGAUACUCAAGCUGUAGCCGAUAUUGUUAGAUAUUAUUUGGAUUUGUAUUCAAUUAUAAAUGAAGAACCAACAACCCAAACAGCAGCAGAAUUAAUGCGUGAAUUAGGUUAUGCUAAUAAAGAAGCUUUGGUUUGUGCUUUUAUUGUUGCGGGAUGGGAUAAGUAUAAUGGUGGCAAUAUUUUUAUUCUUCCAUUGGGUGGAACACUUCAUAAGGCGCCGAAAGAUAUGGAAAAAGAAGAAGCAUUAAAUCUUGUGAGAAAUGAUGGUUCUUCAGGUGGUAGCAUUCGAAUGAAAGUUAUUACUGAAGAAGGAGUUGAAAAGCUAUACAUUCAUAAUAAAGAUAUACCAGGAUGCAUUUUAAAACAUUCAUUCAUUUCCUUAAAUGCUUCUAAACAAUCUACACCUUUAGGAUCAGCAGUCGAAUAUACGAAACAUGAAAAUGCAGUUUUGAAUUGUUCUCCGCAAGUAGCGGCACUAGUGGAUGUGGUAAUGGUCGCAGCGGUGGUAGUAGUGGAAGGUGGUGUUGAAACCACGAGUACCAGGCAUAAUAAAAAUUCCAGAAUGUCAAAAAAGUCCACGACGACGAAAAGUAAAAAUGUUAUGAUAGAAGACGGUGUACUAACUUUAGAAAGUAGAGCGCAAGUAAUUAAAGAAUUUCGAGAAUUACUUGGUAAUGAUAGUGAUAAAUAUGAUGACGAAUGUUUGAUUAGAUUUGCAGUCGCGAGAAGCUUUCAAUUGGACAAAGCAAAACAGCAACUAGAAGAAACAACAGCUUGGCGUAAAUCAGAAGGAAUUGAUUCGAUUCCUUUACCAUUGCUUAAUCCCAAUACACCAGUUCUUUAUAAUAUACGUGGUUUUGAACCUUAUUUAUCAGAUUGGAAUUUAACAGUUGUAGAAGGAGUACCAGAAUAUGUACCAAGAAUUCUUAAUUGCUUUGGAGGAAAUGCUGUGCAUAAAACUGAUAAAGAUGGAAGAGGAAUUUAUAUUGAACGAUUGGGUUUUCAUGAUGCUAAAAAAUUAGCGAAAGAUAUAAAAGCAGAAGAAUUAGUAAAUUGGCAUAUUAGAUGUCAGGAAUUUUCUCAUCGAGUACUAAUGCCUGAAUUAAGUAGGCGAGCAGGAAAUAUAAUUGAUAAGGAAACUGUAAUUUUUGAUUGUGAUGGGAUGGGAUUUCAUCCAGUUACAGAUUUGGAUCAAAAAUAUUAUCCUGAAAGAUUAGGCAAACUUUUUGUUGUUAAUACACCAUUUAUGUUUGUAACACUUUGGUCAUUGGUUAAGAAAUGGUUGGAUCCUGGAAUGUUGAAAAAAGUACAUGUUUGUGGUAAAGAUUAUAAGGAAACGUUACUUCAAAAUAUUGAUGCAGAAAAUUUGCCUACUUUCCUCGGUGGAAAUUGCACUUGUUCACAUAUGCCAGUUAUUCUAAAAAGUAUACCUCCAUUUAAGAUUGGGGAAACAUUACCAUCGCAACCAUCUUCAUCUCCCAAUUCAAAAAGUUAUCGUAUUCUUAAAGGAGAUUCAAAGUCUUAUGAAGUUAUUGUAGUUAACGAUGAUGAAAAAUCAAAUGGAAGUAAUAUAGAAAUUAAUUUUAAAAUAUUAGAAGGUGAAGGUGAUGUAAAAUUGGAAGUACGUUUUAAUAAAUUAAAUGGUUCGGAUGUUAAAAGUGGGGAAAAGAAAAUAACGCCACCGAAAAAGAUAUUCGGUAGUAAAUCAGAAAAUACAUACAUUUAUAAAAUUAAAGCCAAAGAAACUGGUGAAUAUUUAUUUACUUUGCAUUUCAGUGAAGCAGCGAAAUCAGAUUCAUGUGUUAUUGAACAUCAAAUCAAAGUCAACAAUGAACCUUAUGAAUAUUAA